UUGAAUUUUUAUGCUAUUGUAAUAUUGACCUUCACGGAAAUCCAUAUUGGAAAAAAGAGAAGAAAAAAAGAAGAAGGAAGGCUGACUCCAAUCUUAUAUAAUUGAAGGUUUAUUCCAGUGGCUAAUAUCCAGCGAUAGUGGAACUUAAGAACCUUGAACGGACGUUUGUACGCCUCGCGCCUCCUUCGAACGUGAUCGAGAAGGAACGGAGGGGAAAGAGCAUCGGCGAGCAUCGCGGAAUGCGAGUCGCGAGUGUGCGUGUGACGGGAACGCGGCGCGAAUUGCCGCGAUUGGCGUAGCCCGUACGCUUCCGGAGCUUCUUACGCGCAACGGUUGCGAGCGAAGGAGGCAGGCUACGACGGUGGAGAAGAAGGCGACGGACGAAGACGAGGAGGGGGAGGGGGAGAAGGGGAGCUAGGGAGUGAGGUCAACGUCGCGCAACGGCGAGGCAAGAGGAUGGAGCAGCGGCCGGCGGCGACCUCCGCGAGGACGCGCGGCCUUCUCGCCGGUGUCUGCCUCGUCUGGAUCAUCGGCGGCAUCUGCGCCACCGAACCACUUCAGGAACCGCGUUUCAUCAAUCAACCGUCCAGUAGUAGCAAUAUACUUAGCGAAAAUCGCACGAAGUUUCUACAAUGCCAAGCGAGAGGUAAUCCUCAACCAAAGUACAAAUGGUUCAAAGACGGGAUGCCCCUCAACAACGAAGUCACUUCGGGCGAGCCUUAUUAUCGUAUUCUCAGUACGCGACGCGAGGAUGCUGGGGUGUAUCAUUGCGUCGCAACGAAUGAUGUGGGAUCCAUAUUCAGCGAUCGGCUCAUCUUCGCCGUAGCUUAUAUGGGUACAUUCGAUGAUCUCACGGAGAAAGUGGUGACCGUCGAGUCGGGUAGCGCCGCAAUUCUGGAACUACCUCCGAUUGAGAGCCAUCCUCCCCCUGCCGUAACGUGGCUCUCCUCGGACGGAACUCUUCUGUACGGUAUAAAGUACGCUACGACCGAUCACACAUUGAUCAUACUAAACGCUUCGGAAAAUGACAAGGGCUCCUACAGAGCGAAGGCUAUUAACACUCAAUUGGGUACGGAGGUGAGCAGUCCGUUUUUUAAACUGCAAGUCAUCGGCGAUCCAAAUGCGGAAGUAGCCCCUACCAUAAUCAUCAAACCGCAGGACACGCAAAUAAUCAAAGAUCAAGAUGUCACGCAUAUAUAUUGUAUCGCGAAUGCCAGAUCUCUUCAUGAAUUAAGGACCUUAUGGAUGAAGGAUGGCAUUCCGAUCGAAAAUUCUAGAAUAUCGUAUAGCUUUAAUGAUUCGUGGAACAGAACGCUCGCAUUGAUCUCAGCCAACAUAACUUACACAGGAAUUUAUUCUUGCCACGUAGAUUUGCGGAGUGGUGGUUAUCCGACCAUAAAUGCGAGUGCUAAAAUCGUCGUAUAUGAAAAACCAACAUUCAUAACGGAAUUAAAAAGGGAAACUCUGAGUGAUUAUGGGUCCACAGUAACGUUACCGUGCGAUGCUAACGGUGUGCCACCUCCUACAAUCACUUGGUUCCGUAAUGCCGAGCCUGUCGAUCAUUUACUGGGAACUAGAUACUUAAUGGAGGAAGACGGCUCGUUGACAAUUAAGAAAUUAAGUAUGGAUGACUCGGGAAUGUUUCAGUGUCUCGCGUCCAACGAAGCUGGCGAAUCAUCUAGUUACACCUGGUUAAAAGCGAAAACAUCUGGACCGAUAAUGGAAAACGGACCACAGAAUUUAACAGUAUUAGACGGCAAAGAUGCAACUCUAAGUUGCAAUGCGAUCGCAGCGCCUAAGCCAAAUGUCACUUGGUAUUAUAACGAUACAAUGUCUGUGGAAAUCGCUGGGAGAGUACAAGUCUUGGACAACGGGGAUCUUUUAAUUGCAGCGGUGAAACCGUACGAUGCAGGAAAAUAUACUUGCAUCCGCGCGAACGAAGCCGGUUCUGUCAAUGGAUCGGCAUACUUAAUUGUUAUGGUUCGGACUCAAAUUAUCCAUCCACCUGUUGAUACGUCUGUGCUUCUCGGGCGUACCGCUGAAUUGCAGUGUAAAAUUUCGAACGAUCCCAGCAUCGUAUACGAUAUGGCAUGGUUUCAUAAUGGACAAGUAAUAAAUACGCAAGCGAGUCAAAGAGUGAAAAUGCGGUCAGAUGGCACUCUCGAGAUUGUUACCGUUCGAGCUUCCGAUGUGGGCGAGUAUACAUGCUCCGUAGUGUCACCAGGUGGCAACGAAACGCGAUCUGCUCGUCUGAGCGUGAUCGAAUUGCCGUUCCCACCGAUCAACGUCGUGGCCACGCGGGUCGAGAGAAUCUCGCCGCGCACGAUUAAUGUCACAUGGGUGCCCGGCUUCGACGGCAAUAGUCCUACAAAAAAAUUUAUAGUCCAGAGACGAGAGGUAUCCGAUCUAGGACCAAUACACGACCCAAUAUUAAAUUGGAUUACCGAACGUGAUAAUGUAUCCGCUACCAGUCGAUGGAUAUUGUUGAAUAAUUUGAAAGCCGCGGCGUCUUAUCAAUUUCGUGUUAGUGCCGAGAAUAGCGUUGGUGAAGGUCCAUCGUCAGCAGCUAGCAAUAUCGUUGUUCUACCCCAAGAACCGCCUAGUGGUCCGCCCAUUGGCUUCGUCGGCUCAGCACGUUCAUCAUCGGAAAUAAUAACGCAAUGGCAACCUCCAUUAGAAGAAUACCGAAAUGGCCAUAUCUUAGGAUAUAUAUUGAGAUAUACGCUUUUCGGAUAUAAUGAUAGCCCAUGGACGAUACAAAAUAUCACCAAUGAAGCGCAAAGAAAUUAUCUCAUUACAGAUUUAAUCACAUGGAAAGAUUAUGAAGUGCAAAUAGCGGCUUACAAUGAGAAAGGUGUGGGUAUAUAUUCAAAGGGCUUGCAAAUAAAAACCAAGGAAGGAGUCCCAGAAGCACCUCCCACAAACGUGAAAGCAAAAGCAAUUAAUUCAACAGCGGUAAAAGUUUGGUGGAAACCACCGAAUCCUCAGAAGAUCAAUGGGAUUAAUCAGGGAUACAAAUUGCAAGCCUGGAUUGGCGACAAUUUUACAGAUGCGACUGAAUAUAAAUCGAUGACUGUGCCGCCAAGUUUAUUCGAUCCGCUCGCCGAGCAGAACGCUAUUAUGAUAGGUUUAAGAAAAUACACUUUGUAUAAUAUCACGGUGCUCUGCUUCACCGAUCCAGGUGACGGUGAAAGGAGCUCGCCUGUCGAAAUUCGCACUUGUGAAGACGUACCUGAAGAAGUGGAGAAUCUACAAUUUGAAGAUAUCAGUGAUCGUGCGCUAACAGUUAAAUGGUGUCCUCCCAAAGAGACCAACGGAAUACUGACAUAUUAUCAACUGAAAUACAUGAUUAAAGACAUUCCGGAUUCUUUGCGCGUCGAGAACUUCACGGCUGAUGUGUUAUCGAUUAAAGUAGAACAUCUUCAGGCAUUGACUCACUACAAGUUUGAAGUAACUGCUUGGACAUCAGUUGGAUCUGGCAAAUCAAAAAUAGCGACCAUACAAUCAGGCGUCGAACCGGUGUUACCAGAACCACCCACGAAGUUAGCGUUAUCCAACAUAGACGCGUUCUCCAUUGUGUUGCAGUUCACGCCAGGAUUUGAUGGAAAUUCAUCCAUCACGAAGUGGACAGUGCAGGCACAAACGGCACGAAACUCGACGUGGUACACUAUAUACGAAGUAUCCGAUCCCGACGCUAGUACGAUUACCGUUGACGGUUUGACUCCUUUCAUGCAAUACAAGCUUCGUUUGAUCGCAAAUAACGUCGUCGGUGCUUCAGAACCCUCUGAACCGACCAAAGAGUUUCAGACGAUUCAGGCACCACCCUCGCAUCCUCCAAAAAACGUCACAGUUCGCGCGAUGAGUGCUACCGAAUUACGCGUUAGAUGGAUCCCAUUGCAACAAAUAGAAUGGUACGGAAAUCCACGAGGAUACAAUGUUACUUAUACGGAAGUACGAUCGAACAUAUCGAAGAGUAGUAUUAUCGAGGAUCAUACUGCAAACUCGUACAUUUUGGAAAAUAUGGAGGAGUUUGCUGAUUAUGAAAUAGUGAUGCAAGCAUUCAAUGAUGUUGGCUCUUCAGCAGCGAGUCCAAAGGCUAUUGAACGAACUCGUGAAUCAGUUCCUUCCCUGGGACCGAUAAACGUAGAAGCAAACGCAACUUCCUCUACGACUAUUCUGGUGCGAUGGGGUGACGUACCUGUAGAACAUCAAAAUGGACAGAUUGAAGGCUUUAAGGUAUAUUACGGUGCGAAUUCCAGAUCAACUUUUCAGUACAAGAACAUUCCCAGCAAUACCACUUUCACAACCACUUUAACGGAACUUCGCAAGUUCGUCCAGUAUCAUGUACAGGUUUUAGCCUACACAAGACUUGGUGAUGGAGCGCUGAGCACUCCACCCGUGAGAGUCCAGACCUUCGAAGACACUCCUGGUCCACCAUCUAAUGUAUCUUUUCCUGAUGUGAGUUUAACCACAGCGCGUAUUAUCUGGGACACACCAGAGGAUCCUAACGGGGAGAUUCUUGCAUACAAAGUUAUGUUUAACUUAAACAACAGCCAAGAUUCUCCUUUUUCUAGAGAAUUUCCAGCGUCAGAUAGAACAUUCAGAGCCACCGAACUCAAGUCCGAAAAGUAUUAUAUGUUCUCUGUAACGGCACAAACGAAAUUGGGUUGGGGUAAAACAGCUUACGCGCUUGUAUUUACCACGAACAAUAGAGAACGUCCUCAAGCACCAUCGGUACCGCAAGUGAGUAAGUCACAGAUUCAGAGUCGUCAGAUAACGUUUAGCUGGACACCAGGUAGAGACGGUUUUGCACCAUUAAGAUAUUACACAGUGCAACAGUCAGAAAAUUCUGGACCAUUCCAAAUUAUUCCCGAAAGAGUGGAACCCAUUCUGACGUCUUACACGGCUAAUAAUUUAAAGCCUUACACACACUAUCAAUUUCGCAUUCAAGCUACCAACGAUAUAGGUCCAUCAGAAUGGAGCAGUGAGUCUGCUCAAGUACAAACUCUGCCUGCAGCGCCAUCAAAGGGCGUCACCGGCCUGAAAGUUGUCCCAAUAACAACAUCCAGUGUUGAGGUUCAUUGGAACAUGAUCGACGAGGUACAUUGGAGUGGUGAUUACGAAACUGGUGGUUACCGUGUUGUUUAUCAGCCGGUAUCGGAUUUCCCAACACCUCUUCAGGCGACGCCGAAAGAAGAGAUUCUAGGAAUUAAACAAACCAAAAUGGUCUUAAGCGACUUAACAGAAGAUCGAUAUUACGAGAUUGUAGUGCUUCCAUUUAAUUCAGAAGGUGAGGGUCCACCGAGUCCACCAGUCACUGUGUACGUGGGAGAGGCAGUUCCUACGGGGGAACCCCAGCAUCUAAAAGCCGAGCCUAUUUCUUCUACUGAGGUUCAUUUGCAUUGGAAACCUCCUCAAGCUAAUAUGCAAAACGGCGAUUUAUUAGGAUAUAAGAUUUUUUAUUUAGUAACUGAUUCUCCUCAAGAUUUAGAGAAAAAACAGGAAGAAGAGAUAGAAGUCGUUCCAGCGUCUUGUUUGACGCACAACUUAGUCUUUCUUGACAAGUAUACAGAAUAUCGCAUACAAGUUUUAGCGUUUAAUCCGGCCGGAGAUGGUCCACGAUCUCCGCCAAUUACUGUGAGAACGAAACAGGAUAUACCAGGACCACCAUAUCAUUUGCAAUUUAACGAAAUUACCAUGACCAGCUUGCGCGUUUCUUGGAACCCUCCGAAGUUACGCAAUGGCGAGAUAGUUGGUUACAUCGUUACUUAUGAAACUGCAGAGCAAAAUGAUCGUUUUAGUAAACAAGUUAAACAAAAAGUGACGGAGACGAGUCUUCUUAUUCAACCGCUGGAAGAGGAAGUGACGUAUACUUUCAUGGUUCGCGCGCAGACGAUCGACUUCGGACCGCCGAUAUCUGGCAAUGUUACAACUGGUCCGCAAGAAGGUUCGCCGAUGGAGCCCAGCAAUCUCGGCGUGACCAAGACAGUCUCUAGUGUGGAACUGCAAUGGACCAAUGGUGCUUCCGGCAAAGGUCCUAUACUGGGUUACUACAUCGAAACUCGUCGUAAAGCGAUGGAAGAAUGGCAGCAUUAUGAUUCGCGCUGGCAGACAAUAGUUCGUACCAGUAAUGGACCACUGACUGAAUAUACCGUGUCUUAUCAAAAUUUACUGCCGUCCACAUCGUAUUUGUUCAGAGUAAUAUCAUACAAUCGUUAUGGAAUCAGUUAUCCAGCAUAUUCUACCGAAACAAUUUUGACACCAUCGAAACUAUACCUGGAAUACGCAUAUCUACAACACAGGCCAUUUUACAGACAGACCUGGUUCAUGGUUACUUUAGCCGCAAUAUCAAUUAUAAUUAUCAUUAUGGUCAUAGCAGUAUUAUGCGUGAAGAGUAAAAGCUACAAAUAUAAACAAGAGGCACAAAAGACUCUGGAAGAGUCGAUGGCGAUGGACGCGGAUGACAGGCAAGAAUCGGAUUUAGAAUUGUACAGGUCACGUCAGGGUGGAGGUAGUGCCGUUAAUGCAGCAAGUGGCACUCUGGGUAAAAGAAAUACAUUGGCCCGAAAGGUAAUGCAUCCUCCGCCACCCACUAUGCUGGGCAAAUCGCCUCCUAGGCCUUCUCCAGCGUCGGUCGCCUAUCACAGCGAUGAAGAGAGCCUCAAGGGAUAUGAUGAGAAUCCUGACGACAGUAGUGUCACAGAGAAACCCUCCGAAAUUAGUUCUACCGAUUCUCAGGGUUCUGAGAGCGAGAACGAGAGUGUGCAAUCCGAUCCACAUUCCUUCGUGAAUCACUAUGCGAACGUCAACGACUCGUUAAGACAAUCGUGGAAACGGCAGAAACCCGUCCGAAACUAUUCAUCAUACACGGACUCCGAGCCGGAAGGCAGCGCGGUUGUCAGUCUGAAUGGCGGUCAGAUCAUCAUGAAUAACAUGGCCAGAUCGAGAGCGCCGCUUCCUGGUUUUUCGUCAUUCGUGUAAUGAAAUGAAUUAUCAAGAUUACGUUAUAAGAUAGGAAUUUUUUUUAUUCCUACAUCAAAAUUAAUAUCGCAGCUACUUCGUUCUUAGCGAAGUCUUUUUAUAAAUAUACGUAUAUAGAGCGAAAGACUUACGUUGGGAACACGUGUUUCGUAUUCCCGCGACGGCAUAGACUUAUAGCAAACUAUAGGAAGCUUCAGGCAUCUUCGUAUUGUGAUAUAUUGAUACAUAUAUUAUUUAUAAUUUUCGAGAAACAUUUUGCAUUUAAUAGACUUUUGUACUUUCUCGGAUUAGUUUAAGAAUCAAACAGCGUACGAACCUCGUACGAAUAUGUUACAAAUUUCGUGCCUGUACAGAGCAGAAGUCCAAAUAUUCUUUUUUUUUUUUUUUUCAGAUAUUUUGGUCUUAAACUCUUCUAUUUUUCAGCUACAAUUAUAGAUACAUGAUUAUAUUCGAUCCUGAGGAUCUUGUACUCUUUAAAGGUAUUUAUAUCGUCGACAUAUUUAUAAACGAUAAUUGGGAUCGUGAUAUUGCAGAAUUUUCAGAAAAAAAUAUCAAUUCACACUCAACAUAGCAAUUGUUGGCCUAUCAUAUCAUUUUAUUAAUCCAGUAAAACUUUAUUAUAAAGAUCGCGAGUUGUGAGGCACUGUAUAAAUCCACUCUUAUGCUGGCGUAUUUGCACGUCAGAUAUGCUUGUAAAUAUGUUAUAUAUUUUCUGUAAGAAUGUAGAUUUUGUAUAAUGCUGCUAUAUAUGUAUUCUGCGGACUAUAUCUAUUGCAUUCGCAUUUUGUGAUAAUACAGUAAAUGCUCCAUAGUUGUGGAACUUACAUUUUACUAAACUGUCACGAAUACGGAAUCGCGAUUCUGAAAAGUAAA